GCAUAAGCGCCUUAAGGAUCGAUCAUAUGAUUUGAUUUUCACUUCCGGAAAAAAAUAUAUAACAUUUUUAUUUAUUAGCACUAUUUUACGAUUUGUGACAGAAAAUGGGUACUCGAGCUGACACGGCUUUAGUUGUUGUAACGAUCUUUUGGGGUUUUAUUGGAGUUGUAUGUCCAUUGCUCGUCCAGUUCUGUAUGGGACGAUCUCCAAGCAAAGGAAUUGUACAGAUUAUGUUCAUAAUGACAGCUGCCUGCUGCUACUUGUUUUGGCUUUGUGCAUUCUUGUUUCAACUGAAUCCACUGGUUGGGCCACAAUUGGAAAGCAAUUUGAUACGAGUUAUGCAAUAUGAGUGGAUGGGGAUAGAUCCAGAACAUGUUUCAGAGGUUCCAAAAUAAAAUGUACAACAUUCCCGGGAUGGAUGUAUUUAGACUAGUCGAUAGAAUUCCACAACAUAGCCAAGAGUUCACAGAACAUUCAUUUCAGUUUUAAUAGGUCAUAUUUUGUAUUGUGAAGGAAGCCAAGUGAAAAAAACUUUUGUUGUCUCUUGUGAUAUUAUAGCAAAAACAUAGACUAACAUUUACAGUUUUAAAUGGACAUGCUUCCAGAUUUAUGUAAUUUUCUAUGGAAACUUUGAAUGUAAUUUCAUUAGUUAAUAAUUGUAAUCGAAAGUGAAAAUAAUGUUAUUAAGUACGCUGUAUUGUAAAACACAGGAAAUCUCUAAAAUAUAUAGAUAGUACUCAAAAGUGUUUGUCCCAUUUCUGAACUGUAACGUAAAAAGAAAAAAAUUAGCUGUAUAUCAUAAGCGUAUAUCUUGACACCGGAUAAUGGCUCUUACCUCAGUUUUUCAAAAUGUUUUAGAAGUUAUUAUAUUCUGAUAUAAACCUGGAGGCCAGACCCUUCGAAAUGUGAUCAUUAUUUUUGGAAAGUCAAACAGAUUUUUGGUUUAUAAAUGAAUGUUGUUGAAUUGUUUUGGAAUGAAUGAUGUGUGUUUUACUUUAUACCUUUCUAUAAAUAGUAACAAAAUUGUACAGAGGCCUGUAACCCACGCCAGUAUUCAGAAGUGUGCAAAAUUACUUGCCAUUGGCAUGAUGUUCAUUGUUUAAAUAACUGGAAGAUUAGGUAGUUUAGUUAAUAACUCAUUAAAUGUGGUAUUGACAGCAUACCUUUAGAGAUGAUUGGCUCACCUAAACAUGCAUUAUCAUCUUGCCAGUACAGGUUAAGUAAAUAUUGUACACUUACUAAAUGCUUUUGGCAUACCUGAAGUGGUUACUAUUCUAUGGUACAGUGGUACUUUCUGUAUCAAUGUAAUUAUAACAUUGUUCCAGCUUGGUUUCAUUGGACAGAUGGGGUCGGUAUUUAAACAUGAGGUAAAAUGUGGUAAGUUUAUAAUUUCAGUUGAAGCAGAAAGUUUAACAUCAUUUAUCACAAAUCAACACUUUUCCUCCUGUUGGUUGGUGACAAUUUGUCUUUUUGUCUGUUUUCAUUUUUUUUUUGUCAUAAGUUAAAUUUACUGUAAUUAGUUUAGAAAAUUGUAUGAUCAAAAUUCAUUUUAAUAAAAAACUAAACUCUAAGGUGUUAAUUUUAAAUGACAUGAUGGAAUAAAGGUUGUGGACUCAUCUUGACAUUAUUAUAAACAUUUUCCAUGCUACUACAACCUCUCUGUAUUGUAUUUCCAGUGUUGCAAUGCCAUGAAUUUCCAUACCAGUCAGGAAAUGCCCAAAUCAUAGAGAAAUUGCAGAUUGUCAAACAUAAAAAGUGAAAAGAAAAUUCUGAUUUGUUCUCUUUACAUAAAUAUAUAGAUAAGGUUGCUUUUUUGGUAAAAAGGGUUAUAGAAAAGUGCCUGAAAAAGUGUUUACUAUACAAAUGACCAUCAUAUAGCAUAAGGUUUUAUUUCAUUAUUAAAAUCUGUGUAAUGAUCUUUUUUACAAGGCCUGAUCUGCUUAAUAGUAAAUCAAGUACAUGUUCUUUGAAUUUUUAAUUGAAUUUUCCUUGAAAAAUUAAAAAUUUGCAGUCAAAAUCAACUACCAUUUAAGGACCAAAUUAAUUACUUCAUUUCUAUGAAAGUGUGAUGAUAGUGUUAUUUACGUAAAUCAUAUGACAAAAUGGUAUUGUACAUUUUGUUAAUAUAUAAUUAUUUUACUUUAUAUGUAUUGAAUUUUGUAUUGUAAGUGUUUUAUGUAUAUGUUAAAUGAGUAAACAGGGAAACAAAAUAA